GAAUAUGUGUCAUUUACAUCUUACAAAUUAAAAAUAAAUGGAGGCUAUCAAUACGGUUUACUCAAUUUUCGUGAAUGAAUAUCAUUUACCUUGAAAAAGGUUUUAACUAUGACCUUUCUAAAAUAAAUCUUCUUUGAUAAAGGUGUUUUUCAUGAUAUAAAAAAGCGCUUGAGGCUAGCGCAAGGGAGCUGCAGUCCACACAGAUUUGAAAAAUUAUCAAAGUUAACAACAGCUGAUAGAGCAAAAACAUCUGAUACUCGUGCAAAAUUUUGGAAAAAACUUUAGGGUAGCAGCCUUCCUCUUGCCAAUCCUUUAUUGCACAUGCAUAUAUUCAUCUCAUGUUGAUAUGCACAGACGUGUUCGUGAAGUUUUAUUUUUUUGGCAUUUGACUGUUAAAAUAUUAUCAUAUAUACUGGCAAUUGGCGUUAUUUUCAUGAAAGACUUAGAUUCGUAAGGUAAAUAAAUUGAUGCAUACUGGAUGCUAGGAGUGGCUUGGUAUCUGUUUUGUUUACGUAUAUUGUUUACAAAUAUUGUGUACCAGCCGCUUUAAUACUGAAGUUGUUGUUGUUGGAGCUCUAGCUCAAUAGGCAAAAGCAUACUGAAGCUCGCUUUGAUGCAGUGCUGGAUGCUACAAAAAACUGCUAAUUAAUGAUAACAGAAGUAUAAAUGCAUAUAGCGAAACGGUAUUGCAUCGAUGAUGACAUGAAGUUUUGAUUAAUAUAUCGAGAUGUUAUUCAUUCAAAUAUUAUAAGGUGGUAUAUUCCAGAUUUGUUCUGACAAUGUAAACUAAUAUCUUGAAAGAAAACGUUAGAACAAGGAAAUUAUUUUGUCACAUUUGACGUGAGCUCAAUGGCAAUAUCUCAGACGAGACUCCAAAAGACAAGAGAUGGCAAAUUUGUUCCUUUUCACAAUAUACACGCAGAAAUGAAUCAGAUCUAUGGGAAGCGACCUUAAUAAAAAACAGAAAAAAUCUCAAAGUGUGACGUAAUUAUGCAUUGCAUUAGAGCACUGUUUUCUGUCAUUCUGUUGGCUUCGUCGCUGUCAUGGUUUGCAUUGAGAAGUAUCUUUCUAUGGUCUACAAACAUCGAUGAUCUGUUUGGUCCGUCAGUAGAUUUUGAACAGUUGAAAAAGGACUGGUGCAGAAUAAGGAGACAAAAGGUGGAGUGGAAGGAGAUGUUGUCACCAUGCUUAAAAAUACUUUAUAACGAAACACUAGCUAACACUACGAGAUUUGCAACAGAUACCAAGAACUCAAAAGUCACAAAAAUGAAGAUAAUGCCCGCAGGCGAGCACUCUAAAAUCCAGAUUCAAACAUACUUCCGUAAUGGAGAACCAAAAAACUUCGGCGGCGAUGCAAUAAGAGUUACGUUACGAGGCGAAACAACCACUGCCGCAAAUGUUUGGGACUUGGGAAAUGGACAGUAUGAAGCCGUUGUGUUACUUAUGAGCCCUGGUGACUAUAUUGUCGAUGUUCGGCUAGAUUACACGAUGUGUGCUGGCUUGAAAGACCCCCCGAUGGAAUGGUUUGUCAACGCUCAUUGCUCUGGAAAAUGGAAAGGCAUCAAGCGUGUCAUACCAAGGAAUCUUCUGUCUAAUAUGACUGAGUACAUCAACGGGCGAAUUGCUCCAUCCUUGUCAAUCACUGUGCCCCCUGCACGCUACAACAUAUCUGAACUGCCAUCGCUGAUUUUCGGGCUUGACUGUGGCUUGCCCUGCAACUUGUUCUGGGACGGUCAUGGGGAAUGGAGUUCAGACGGAAAGCAAUGGCGACCAUACAUACCGAUGGACCUUGAUGUGAAAAAUAUGAUGUUAUCAGAUAAACCUUGGUCACGUGGUCAUGAGCCUCGCAAGGGUAACCUAUGGAUCUACGGUGAUUCGAUAAGCUACUAUUUCUAUCAAUCAGUAGAGCACAAAGUUUUAUGCAAAAAGAUAUUCAGAAAGUGCAUGGUGACAUACAACUGGCUAUAUCCAAAAACGCUUUAUGAUGUGACCCAUACCUGCGCGGAUGUGGAUCUCAACGUAACUCUUGUAAAGAAUUAUCUAGAAAACGUUACAGGCCGAAAUGAUAUGGAUGAUUCAAGUGUGCUUCUCUUCAAUGCAGGGGCACAUUAUGUCAAAAACACUUCUUUCAAAAAGUACAGAGAGACAAUUGACGCCUUGAUUGAAGCUAUAAAGGAGACAUACAAUGGAACAGCAAUAUGGAGAAGUUCAACUGCUAUUCAUAAACAGUCUCUUCCAAUCAUGGGCUCUUUCCGAAGAUACAUAACUAGCCAGCGAGUGCAACUGUUUAAUGCAUAUGCUAACGCUGCAAUGUGCAAUGCCGACAUACUUGUAUUGGACGCCCAGCCUCUGACGUCAUCGUACCCCCAUGGGACCAAAGAUGGUAUUCACUACAAAGAUCAUGUGCUACGGCCGAUUGAACGCAUUUUCCAGCAUGCUCUGGUCUACGGGAGCUAACAGGGUCUAAUUGAAAGGACCUAUGACUCACUCUAGUUCCUACGAAGCAACCAUCUAAUUUGGUACGUUGGGUGAAGAGCAAACAAGUUUCUCCGGCACAUGCGUUAACUUUGGAUCAUCACAGGCUUAUUCUAAAAAGAAAAAUUAUAUCUCACAUUCCAAGCUUCAUCAGAUCAAAUGUUGGACAUUUCGAUUUGAACGUUGAAAUCGAUCCCUUGCAGUAUGAAGAUGAAUUUAGAAGAGAAGAAAAGAUUGGCAGCUCAAUGGCAAACAUUUGGAGGAAUGUACCAUUUAGUCCCACCAGCCUUAUGCUACCAAAAAACGCAGCCUUGAAAGUGAAGGCCAUAUUCCACUUUGUAAAAGGCGGGGGUCAUUCAAAGAGACCGUUCUAAUUAAUUAACAUGCAUCUAACAGAAGGGCUAAAAACGUUUUAAGCUAAACUUUUAAAACUUGUAUAUAGGGAGAAAUUUUAUACCAAACAUUUGAAUUACAAUAAAUCUACCUUUUGCUAAUCCGUCAAUUAUGUCAAUUAUCUUCAAAGUGUACUGUGCCAACAGAUGUUUCAAGUAGAAAGUAGUUUAAAUGUGCUUGUGUUGUUUAUCGCUAAUAAAAUCGGCGUUAACUAAUUUCUUAUCAAGGGGGGGGGGGGUCUACACUCUGUUGUUGCCUCAUUGCUCAUGUCUGUUUUUAUUGAUUAGUAGUCAGGUUAGUGUAGCAAGCUAUGAUUCAUUUGUAUGAAUCUCUCUCGCUCUUUUUAUUUCACGUUUUUUAUUCAUAGAAUACAGGGUAUUUCUAGAUUCAAGUGCCUUAUUGCAUCCAAUGUUUCUUAGUUUUUCUUGUGUAAUGAAUGCUAUAAUUGGAAAAAUACAGUCAGCAUAAACAAAUAGUAAAAUAUUUCGUCGCAAUAGUAACAACGGGUUAGAAUAAUAUUGGACAAGUUCAAGUGCACCAUUACAUUUGGAAAAAUCACGAAAUUUGAAAUAAAAUUGUUUGUAUUUCUCAAUUUGUCUUCUUUCUCAAUUAUGAAAUUUUUCUUUACUUUUUGACAGCUUAAGCUUAAUAUUUUUACCCCUACGUUUCUGGUACAAAAAAGAUGCAAAUAACAAUGGAAAAAUCACAUAGCUUUAGGUCAUUAUUUGAGUUUGAAUUUGGUAUAUUUCUGAAGAAAACUUUGUAUUUGACUGGCUUUAGAAAAUUUACUGAAAAAUAAUUUGCAGUAGCCCAACUUGUGAAAAUUUUGCAAAAAGAUUUCUGAAAUGAACCCUUUCAUUUAGUGAGGAAAAUCUGUAAGACCAUUAAUGCGGUUGAGCUGAAAGGCCAAUGAAAAAUAAAUGUGCAACUGAGCUUUCUUGUCUCUGAAAUCCUGUCAUUUUUCAUCUGCCUAUCAAGCAACCUUUCAGGAAGUAAUUAUGCUACCUGGAGGGUGGAGGCAAACAGAUAUUAAGUGGUUCCUCGCAAGUAGAAUCUGCUCCUAAAACUUAAUUUAUGAGAUGUAAAGAAAGUUUACCUAUUACUAUUCAGUGCUACCAAGAUAAGAAACAAUAGAGAAAACUUCACAUAAUUUAAAAACUAGGUCUUUUAACUCAGUUAUAUGUAGCAAAUUUCUUUCAGAAUUGGAUUAUUAUCAUAUGCUUGAAUCUAGCUCAAGGCAUUGCCUUUUAAGCACAUCUUUAAAAACUUCAUAAUGAUGGUUUAGAUUGUCUUGACAAUGGAUCUUGAAGUGACUGCCCAGACCACCCAUCACUUUAUUCUCCAAUCCAUAAAAUACCCUCCUAAUUCUUGAAUGAGUAAGAGCCAUUGCACACAUAACACAGGGUUCGUGUGUAACAUACAAAUCAAACCCAGUACAAAGAUAAAUAUUGUCAGCAUAAUCAUUUGUGGAUUUCCUUUUCAUAUUUUGGUGUACAUGUGUGCUCUUGUUAAGACUUGUAUGAGUGGAUUGAUGUGUCCCUCCAUCUUUUACUUUUUCAGCUUGUUCAUUUCCUUGUACAAAACUAUGUAGAGGACUAUGAUCAUCAACAUGCUUCAAAUUAACUUCUCCUUUACCUAAAAUAUUUCCACCAAAAGCAUAAUUUGGAGUUGAACAAGAUAUUGAGUUUGGAUCAGCCCCAAAAGCUGACAUGGAUUUGACAUUAUCAUGUAAAUUAUCCAAGAGACACAGGGAUCCAUCUUUAGUUUUCUCUACUGGCAGCUUUAAUGCUCCACCACCUUGAAGACUUGCCACUAGAUCAAUGCAGACCAUAACUGCAUGUUUUAAUGGAUCACCUGAAUUUGUGCAGUCAUAUGCCUUUGCCAAGAUUCUUUCCGAUUCUGGAUCAACAACAAUUGCUCCAAUAGCCUUCAUGCCUCUGCUAUGGCCAAGCUUUGCAUACUGUAUAGCAGCAGACAUGAAGUGCUGAAUUUUUCCCAAGUCUUGAAUUGAAAACAAUUCUCCUUGCUGAAUUUUAGUUACGUAUUUAUCUUCAUGAAAGGAAGUUGGCCAGAUCUUUACUGCAUCUUGAAACUGGCUUCUAGUAAGUGGCUUAUGCUUUGGGACAUCACUAACUUUCAAGUCUGUUACAUUUUUUGUAAGACAAUCAUCAAUUAAGCACUGCGUUAGGUUACCAUUAUGUUCCUCAUCAUAUUCACAGAUAAUAAUCUCUAAGAUCUUCUCCCCAUUUUGCAAUGACGAACGAAUUCUUUUUAGAUGUGUAAUACCUUCUAAAGGAUAUUUUCUUUUCAAAGUGUUGACAACAAGCAAUGAAUGAGAUGGAUUUAACUUUCCAGUGAUCACACGGGUAGUUUCAACGUUUGCACAAUACUUGUUAUGUAAAACUGGCUGGGCUAUCAUUGUUAAUACCAGAGAAGUACUUGAACAAGAAGUAUGCCAUAUAAAAAAUCCAUGAUAUGUCAAAAAUUCCAGUGAGUGAAAAAACGUAAAAGUUUUACUCACCUUUAUGCUGCUUUUCUUGAAAAAUCUGUAAAAAAACAUUUCAUUUGAAUGAGAAGCAUUAUUUUCAAUGACAAAAUUAAACUUUUAUAUCUAAUGAAUAACCAUAUGUUUUCAAUCAUUGAUUGAAUAAAAGGGACUACCUGACCAAAUUUUUGAAUCAAUCUGAAUAGUACAGCAACUUCCAAUGAAAUCUCACUGGUGUGCAAGAGCCAAAUUUCAAUUGUGCAAGUGUGUACUUUAGUAUAAUUGCGCACUUCAAUUUUAUGCACAAUUAUACCAAAGUUUGUAUAAUUUUGCACCAAGAUAUCAACGAUAAAAAUGACAUAAUUCAUAGGUAUUUUAUCAAACCAGUGCAAGAUUAAGUUGAUUUUGAAUAAACACGAUUCUUCAUUUGCCCUAAACAAUAGGAAACACCCAUGCUAUGCCCAGAUUUCAAAAUGCCACAUCCUUCACCUGGUGUGCAGGGACAUUUUAGAAAAAAUAUCUCGGGUGUGAAUCUCUGCAAUCUGAGCCUAAGUAGGUCACAGUACUAUGGUGACAAUGUAGCCUGAUGCUGAUGGGCCAAUUUCACAAAGAAAAACCAAUGUCGAAUUUUCCAAAGGGCUAUCGAUUUUGCAGUCAUUUAAAAAGCUAAUGUUACUGAAACUUAAUCUGCAUUCUAUGCGCCCAUGAACAAAGACUCUUUCCUAAAUUAAAAGAAGUAUAUUGCACCAAGGUCUAACUAAUUUUUCCUGCACCAAAUCAUAUAUAGUAAUUGUGGCUUUACUCUGCCUUUAUCAAUGAGCAAUAUUGAGAAUAAAUACUUAGGAAUGGAUUUUAGAGAUUUGUUAAUUUAUUAACUUUUUGUGGAGAGAUAACAAGUGGCUAGCCAAGCUCAACAACAACAGCCAAACUGCUACGCCAUAUCUUCCUACAUUUUUGCUUCUGUAAUAGGUUUCCACAUCUUUUCUACCGGUACCUUACAUAAUGACAAUUAGAAUCAAAAGAAAUCAAAGUAAUACUUACUUCUGCUUUGGACUAUUACCUGAAAGCCAAGAAACUUGACCCCUUGGCGCUGGCAAGGCAAGAUUAUCAUGAUGUUCGCUUGCCUCGUCUUCAGAUGUACCUGCCUCCUUUGCAACUUCUAAUUGAAAAAAUAAAAGAUAUUGAACUGAUGUCCCGCGCGCAAUAAAUCAUUCGCCAUUCGCUACCCUUGCAAACGUGCAGGUAGUUCGAGUAUAUGUACAUACACAUAUUUACACAUAUCGAUGUUUGUCGGAUGACGCAAGCUCUUAAUCACUCCAAACAAGCAACUAAAAACCAUUUGGAAAAUCAUGUUUCUAGUUUAUUGUUAUUUAUUAAAAGUUUUGAUGUAGGAGCUCUGUUCUGUUAUUCUAAUUUCUGACUGAAAGGAAUACCUUAUAGGUAUGCAUAAAACAUCAAUGCAAUGGGAAGUAUAUUGUAAUGUAAGGUAAAGGGAGACAUAAAGAGUCAGACAGAGGCGGAUACAGAAUAAAAGUUGACGGUCGCACAUUGAAACUGCCCAGCAGGCGGUUUAGGGGGCCUCCCUCAUGGCCAAGGAUGGAGCUAUGAUGGGGUCCCAGGCCCCCCCUCCCCUCAGAACCAGAGUAAUUAGGACUGGGGCCCUGAAAC